AUGUCGCCGGGCCUUCGAUCGUCAAGGCUCUCAUUGUCUCCCUUCUCGGCGGCGCGGGGCACGCAGCGCCCGGCUCGCCCAACGAGGGAGCGCUCCGCCAUUGAGAAGCGCGCGACGACCUGUGGCAGCACCUACUACUCGACGGCGCAGGUCAACGCCGCCGCCAACGCCGCGUGCAAGCACGUCCGCGCUGGCACCCAGGCCGGCUCCUCCAACUACCCCCACCGCCUACAAACAACUACGAGGGCUUCAACUUCAAGGCGUCAGGCCCCUGGCAGGGAGUUCCCCCCUGAAGUCCCAGUGGUGUCUACACCGGAGAUCACCCACACCGGCGCUAGCGGCAACAACUUUGUCGGAUGCAGCGGCACCACCCUGGGUUAA